AUGUCCGGAGACCGGCGUCUAUCUAAUUCUUUAGGGAAAAAUGCCAUUUAUGCAAAGGACUAUAAGGAGUUGUUGUCAUUAGAUUGUGGCGCUAUCCUGUUUGAUAUCUUACUAUUUAUUAACCUGCUUACGCGUAUCAUGUCUUUUUCUUUCUUUCACCUACAUAUUCCCAAAGUUCAAAAGCACCAGCUGGAACCAGAUGGACUUAUUCUGUGCCGGAAAAAAGGCUACGAUUUGUGGUCCGGCAGAAUAAAAAUGUCGCCCCUCACCAAGAAAUACCGUCCCCCUAAACUAAGGGUACACGCUGUCCAGGCUGUUUUGCCAGGCUGUCCUACAUUGGAAAAGAUAUUAGUAAAACAAAAUUGCACAAACCUCCCUAUUAUGAACAUGAUUUCAAAAGAAGAAGCAAGCUGCAUUUUUUUCUGCAAAAAGUACUCUGAAGAAAAUUCAAUGUCAUGUCUAAAUAAAAUUGAGAGAAUGGAAGACAUUGAGUUGUGUUACUCCACCAAUUCACGUCGCCCAUCAGUUCAAAGUGAAGCAACAAUUUAUGGAAACCCGGAAGAGUACCAUACCUAUUCAACCAAAGAAGAACUGAAACGAAAAAACGCAAUUAGUGAUUAUGAAAAAGAAGGAGGAAUCACAUUUGAAACGAAAGCUCAACUACUUGAGUUUGUUAAUUAUGUUUACCAACCCAAUGAUGAAAGUGACCCAAAAAAACCGGAUUAUAUCCAGAAGAAUAUUUUGAUAAAGGAUAUAUUUAGAGUGAUAAUUAGAUAUUCAGAAGAAUUUAAAAGUGUGGAUUCAUUUACUACUUGGUGCAAUCAAAUUGCCAAGAAGAUAUCAAGUACCUUAGAAGACCAUAAAACGUACAUGAUGUUGAAGAAUGAAGGAUUCCACAUUAUUGGAUAUUGUCGAAAGUCGGACUUGAAAAAGGAAGAAAAAAAUCUUGGAAAUUUACUACAACAAAUGGUUGAAAAUCUUUAUAAGUGCUCUCUCGUCGACUCUGUGUUUGUGUCCCCAUAUUGCAAUGCCAAUGUACCUUUUUCGAAAAGAGAUUUGAACGGUAAAACAAUGAUUUUUUCUACACUUCAAAAUAUCCAUGGUGAUCCAAAAGAUAAAAAGAAAAUCUGUAUCGUAUGUUUGGAUUAUGCCGGCCUAACCACAAAUAUCCUCGACCUCAAACAUGUACUUCAAAACAAUGAAAACAUCAAAAAAAUCGUAGUUGACAUGUAUUUUUCAGAAAAUCAUUUCCAUAAAUUAGAUGCAAACGAUUUAUUAGAUGACAAAGAACUUAUCAAUGUGUUUGACUGUCGAACAUAUUUUGACAUUAUCUCAAUUGCAUCGCAUCCUCUUCAUCUUAUGACAUCUUGUCUCUGGAUGUCAUUGGUUUUUAAUCUCAGCAAGGAAGGAAAGAACGAGGAGAGGGUGGCUUGGUUGAUCUUUAAUUUUCAUUUUAUUGUUUGCUCCAACCCUUCUUUAACGUAUUUUUCUGUGAACACAACCAUGAGCAACGCUCCAAAGUCUCAAGCCCUCCCAUUGAACCUGAAGAUCAUUGAAUCUCAAACCAUUUCUAUCGAAUCGGCCAACUCAUUUCUCGACAAAUUUCUACACGAUGGUGUAGCUAUUCAUGCCGCAAACAACACUGUGGCUGCCCAACUUCACCAACUCCAUCAAGGACUGAAGGAAGAAAAGAAGCGCCUUCGAAACACUCAUGGUCAUGUUGAUUCUGAUGAACUCUAA